AUGCCGUUAAGCGGUCGUCUGUGGCCGUUAUUCCUAUUAUUUUUUAUGUAUCUUUUUCACCCAUCGUUCCCGGCAUCCUCCACCGCCCUCCACUUCAACGUUCCCGAGGAACUUCCGGCCGGAACAUUAAUCGGACGCAUUCCGUUGCGUUCUAAUGAGCGUUAUCAUCUGACCAACUAUCACGAUCUCUUCGCGCUCCAUACAAACGGAGAGUUGUCGCUAAUGAAAAAAAUCGAUCGCGACAUUCUGGUCAAAGAUAGCUUUGAAUUGGUGAUUGUCAAUCAAGAUCGGACCGGUUUCCCCAUAACGGUCGUCCUGCAUGUCAUGGAUAUCAACGAUAAUGCACCGAUAUUCCCCCAUCGCGUCGCCAGUAUUACAUUCCCCGAGACCGAUCAGCUCGGGCAACGGGUGUUGUUGGAACCGGCAGUCGAUGCGGACCGACCCCUAUACGGGACCAUUGCCCAGUAUGAUAUCGUUGCGGGCAACGAAGAAAAGAAAUUUCGCUUAAUUAAAACCCAACAGUUUCUCCAUAUUGAAAACAUCGCAGUACUGGACCGCGAAACCAGGGAAUUUUACAUUUUAAAUAUUAGCGCCACGGACAAUGGCUUUCCCCCGCUCACCGGCUAUUUCCUGUUGAAUGUGACGAUCGGGGAUAUUAACGACAAUGCGCCGGUUUUUGAUCCCUCUGAAUAUGUGGUGGCGGUCAGUGAGAAUGCACCGGCGAAUUCACCGGUGCUGAAAGUGCACGCCACGGACAACGAUCAACCGGAAAGCGCCAAUUCCCGAAUUCUGUACACUCUGACGAAUGCGUCACAAUUUAGUAUCGAUCCGCAUGGUAUAGUGCGGACUACCGGAAGUAAAACACGCUGUCCGCGGAAUAAAUGCCAGAAUUCGGAGUGCACACGGACAUGUGUCCUGAUGGUGGAGGCACGGGAUGCCGGACAACCGUUUCUGACGGGAAGGGCCUACGUCUACAUUACCCUUAUAGAUGAGAACGACAAUGCACCGGAAAUUACAUUUCGCUACUAUCCAUCGUCAGCCGAAUAUGCAGCAGUGGCCGAAGAUGCCGCGAACGGCACGACGGUAGCGGUGGUGAGUAUCCGGGACCAGGAUGAUGGCAUUAACGGGCAACUCGAGCGAUUAUUUAUCAGUGGUGGUGAUGCGGCCAAUCAGUUCCGUAUCGAUAUGUCCCCCAUGAACAAUAAGCACAAUCUGGAGGCAUAUUGGAAAUCGUCUUCCGCACCAGUGCAACAGUUGGCCUACCUGCGAGUCAACGGGAAACUUGACCGCGCCCGUAUGUCCAAGUACAAUCUCUGCAUCACUGCCGUGGACAGUGGCCAUCCAUCAUCACUUAACAGCACCAAAUGCCUAAUGGUACUUGUCAAUGAUCUUAAUGACUAUGCACCGCAAUUCCAAUCUGCCCAGUAUUCGGCCACUAUCAAUGAGAAUGUUCCAGUGGGAAGUUUCGUUCAGGCGGUUUGGGCAACCGAUGCCGAUGGGACCGGCAUUAACGGACAAGUCGUUUACUCCAUCGUUAGCGGUGAUACGUUCAACUGGUUCUCCAUUAAUCGGGAAAGUGGCCUAAUUAGGACCAUUGGACGACCUGAUCGGGAAAUGACAUCAUCCCUGCAGCUAAACAUUUCCGCCCGGGAUUCGGCGCCCAAUCCACGCAUUAACUACACGACAGUCCAUAUUAGCAUCCAAGACGCUAAUGACAAUGCCCCGCGGUUCACAGAGUGCCCCAGAGAAUUGCUGGUCACCGAGUCCAGUUUGUACACAGGGAAUGCGGUUUUUGCAUUCCGAGCAACCGAUCGGGAUAGUGGCGAAAAUGCACAUAUAUCAUACCGAAUGAAGACGCAGCCGGCUGAUCAAAGUAGCCGGAAACUGUUUGCUUUAGAUGAACAAAGUGGUCAAAUGACCACUCGACACCAGCUGGACCGUGGAAAGCUGGCGGAACGGGAACAUCAUCGAUUUACGGUCAUCGCUAACGAUCACGGCUUCCCGGCACAAUCGUCCACCUGUGUUGUCAGUGUACGCAUAACCGGCCGGCAGAAUAAAGCGCCGGUUUUUUCUCCAAUCCACUAUGUCGUGCCAGUGCCGGCAAAUGAUGGACACGGCUUGGCCGCCGGCCAUAAACUGACCACAGUGACAGCUAAUGAUGUUGAUGAGGGAGACGUGAUCCACUAUGCAAUUGUCCAUUCUUCACAUGAUGGGAUUAUUGUGGAUCAAUUAACCGGUCUCAUCACAACUAAUCACCACAUUCCUUUUACAUCCAAAUCUGACCUCGUUACUGUACAAAUUACCGCCACUGAUUCCCGUGGCGCAACUGCGGCCGACCGUGCCAGUGUCCUAAUUUUUCCCGUACUUCCGGAGAAAGUCUUUUCUUUCGAAACCUCAGCGUAUAAUUUUUCCAUCAAAGAAAAUUUGGCAGCACCAAUUACUGUUGGUCGAAUACGUCUAAUCGAAUUCAGCCGACAUGUGCGGUACUUCUUGGACGGGAAUCUUACCGAAGGAAUAUUCGCCUUUGAUGCAUCUACGGGAUUUUUAAUUGCCACAAAGCCACUUGACCGUGAAGAAAGAGGCUUUUACCGUAUGAUCUUAUCGGCCGUAUGUCCGCCGCAUUACACGGAAACCGUCAUCAGUCUCACGGUGGAGGACGAGAACGAUAAUGCGCCGGUGAUUAGCAAUCUUAAAGGCCAGCAUUGUGACUACGAUUGUCAGGACGACAUUCCACUGCCCCUAUCAUACCCGCUGGGACAAGCAAUUGUUACGAUAGACGCUUACGAUGCCGAUAACGACGGUGCCGAGCGUUUACGCUACUCUCUUCUCAAUUACACCACCGAUGCGCCGGCCGGCCACAGACCGGCACUGGCCGUCAAUCAGACCAGCGGAUCUGUUUAUCUAUCGCAUCCUCUGGAUGUGCCACUUAACUGGAUCAAUAUAACGGUUCAAAUUUCCGAUGCCGACCCAACCGGAAAGGACACCCGGCACACUAUGCAACAGUUGCGAUUCCGUGUGCACUACGAUGUAUGUCCGGCAAUGGGAUUUGCACAAUCCCAUCGCCACAUGUCACUUCCGGAAAACACACCACUCAACACUCGAAUUAUGACCUUUGAGCUACAGUGGCCGUGUCCGUGGGUGCAGUAUCGCGUCGCGAAGGGGAAUGAUGCCGGGCAUUUUGCCAUUUUCCCCGACGGACAGCUGCUGGUCAAUGGCACGUUAGAUAAGGAGACGCUGCCCUAUUACCAACUGCAAAUUGAGGCUUACACUGUAAACAGUUCCACCUCCGUUACGCUGACACUCACAAUUACUGAUGUCAAUAACCAUGCGCCGCAAUUUAAUAAUCAUACUUAUUGGUUCGAAUUGGAUGAAAAUAUGCCGGUCGGGUCAGUGGUCGGGACGGUGCAGGCCCGAGACGCCGAUAACGGGCUGAAUGGCCAAAUCGUGUACAGGAUGCAAGGAGCCGCCGAACAGAAUUAUUUUGCUGUUGACCCUGAUUCUGGGCACAUCCGAAGUCUGGUAAUGUUUGACCGCGAACGCAUGCCCACGACAGCUUCCAACACAUCCGGCUCUUUCCCGAUAAUUGUCCUAGCUAACGAUCGAUCGCCAUCUGCCGCCCAGCAUACCAGCUCCGUUAGUGUCCACGUCCACAUCCGCGACCAGAACGAUAACCAGCCCAUAUUUACACAGGAAGUUUACCAGCAAAGUGUCCGCGAGAGUUUACCAGUUGGUCAGCGCAUCAUCCAGAUAAGAGCCCUUGAUGGGGAUGCAUCCGCCGCCAAUCGUCAAGUGACAUACAGUAUUAAAUGUCCCGAAGAACAGCAAGUGUUUACAUUGGACCCGUUGACAGGCGUCAUUUCACUCUAUCGUCCGCUUAAUUACCACAGUCGAUCGCGCUACGAUUGCCGACUGUACGCAUCCGAUGGACACGAUGUGCUUCACACAUCGUCAGCUCGAUUCAGACUGGAUGUUAUUGAUGAGGAUAAUCAACCGCCGCGAUUCCUCGCCGCUGAUUACACCAAAAUUUCCCUUCCGGAAUCCCUUCCGGCUGGCGCGUUGCUGGUCCAAAUCCAGGCCUAUGAUAUAGAUACACUGGCUUCGGAGAUAGCGUAUCAGAUCACCAAUGGAAAUGCUGAUAAAACAUUCCGCAUUAAUCGCUUUGGUCAGAUUUAUCUCAAUUAUCCCAUGGAUUACGAAAAAACGAAAUUUCACAACCUGACAGUAUCGGCAUGCAAAAACACUUCCGGUCUGUGCACAAGCGCCACAGUUGAAAUCCAGGUGGAAGAUCGAAACGAUAAUGCGCCGAAAUUUUCGGCUUUUAUGAAAAGCGCGGUAAAAAUUCCGGAAAACAUUCCCAACGCUUCUGUAGUAGCUACAGCGGUUGCACAUGACGACGACAGCGGUUUAAAUGGCGAAAUUCGAUACUCCAUCCUUUAUGCCGAGCCGGUCAAUGGACAUUUUGUGAUUGACGAAGUCAGCGGAAAAAUCAUCAAUACAAUCGUAUUGGAUCGGGAACGAUAUAACAGCUACCGCCUCGUGCUUCAGGCAAUGGAUUUGGCCGUACCCGAGUCUAACCGGCACACCAGUGAGAAAGUGCUGGUAAUAACCAUCGAAGACAUUAACGAUCAUGCCCCGGUCUUCACGAUCCCACGCUCGGUCAUCGUUCCCGAAUAUGCCAGUUCGGGAUAUCGCCUGCUGACCGUUACAGCUACCGAUCCCGAUGCCGAACGCAAUGGUCACGUGACCUAUGACCUCACCCGCACAGCGGACAUGGAGCGCUUCCAUUUGGACCGCUACGAAGGCCACGUGUAUCUCCGAGGGGAACUGGACCAGUUGGCUCCCUCGUACGCCCUCACCAUCGCAGCACGUGACCAGAGCGGCGAGGGAUCACUGGCUCGCCAGAGUGUGAUGACGGUGGAUCUGAUUGUUGUGUCUUCGCAACGCUCCGCACAAUCACUAGCGCUGUUGGAGCGAGUUGAAUGGACGGUGUACGAAAAUGAGACACAAGGAUUUGUUAUCGGGAAACUGGCUGCAAAGAGCCAUUCAUCACACCUUGGCCCGGUGGAGUAUUUUAUAACGGCCGUUUCCAAUUUCGCCGGAGAGGCGGUUCCGUGUGUUUUUACUAUGGAUCGCUUGACCGGAAAGAUUGUAUUGAGUGGUCAGUUGGAUGCGGAUCAAGGCACAACGGGAUACAUUGUGAAUGUAUUUACGGGAAUAAAAAAAGACAGAAGUUACGAGGGCAUCACAAAUCAGAUUCGCAUUCGAGUCCUCUCUGUGAACAAUCGCACUCCAGUCUUCUCAUCGCCAUUUUAUCGUUUUCGUCUGGAAGAAGGCAUGGGCUUGGGAUCGAAGCUCGGACAAGUGGCUGCAACUGAUCUGGAUCGCGACGAUGUGGUGACUUUCGCUAUUCGAUCUCCGUCAGCUAGUCAGUACUUCCGCGUUAACCAAGAAACCGGUGAAGUGUUUUCGAAAUCCGCUGUUCACAACAGUACGGGCAGAUUGUGUUUCCCAAUUGUCGCUGAUGAUUCUGUACACCAAACGGAAGUCACAUGCUGCAUAGAUGUCAACAUAGCAUACCCAACAAAAACCCUACCCAGUUUCACACAGGAUCAGUAUGUGUUCACUGUCAUUACGGAUGGUCUGGAAGAUGGCGAGCAGAUCGGUGCAGUGUCCGUUACCGGUAACGCCGACAACUACGUUUUCCAUCAGGCAUCGGACUGGACUAACAACUGGUUUCAUGUGGAACGGCGUACUGGUGCCAUUUCAAUAACCAAAGCGAAAUAUCUCAAUAGUAUCGAAAAUCAGGAGAAGACGAUAGUUCUCCAGAUACAGGCUGCUGACCCGGCACAUUUUGCUUAUUUCGCUUCCGCGAAAGUUUUCAUCAAAUUGAUCCGCGCGCAGUAUAAUCAUAAAGCCUACUUUUAUGCCGAUUCGAAAAUUUUGGAAAGUAUUUCUAUCGGCAGUUGCUUCUUGGAUUUGUUCCGCACUGUGGGCGCACCACAGUUGCAAAACGACCAUAUUUUAAAUUGGGAGAUCCAUGCAAGUGAGCCAGAGUUGUUCGAAGUUAGUAGCCAAGGCCAUCUUUGCAUUCGUUCUCAGCUGGACCGAGAGACCGACUCUUCGCACGAAAUCACACUGAUAGGCAUGUCCGGCGUGUAUCGCUCCGUUUAUUACGUGAAUAUUACUGUCGAAGACGUCAAUGACGAAGCACCAAAAUUUUCGCCUGUAUACCCAGACAAGCUCGUCAUUAGCCAGAACACCCUGGUCGGCAGUGAAGUCACCAAGGUCACUGCGGUAGAUGCCGAUACCGGAGCCGGUGGCGACGUCGAAUACAUGCUAGCAGAGGAAACAGAAACCUCACAGUUUUCUAUUGAUCCGAUUACCGGGGCAAUCCGGUUAGAAGAAAAGCUCUUCGACAUCAACAGUGAUGAGAAACAGUUUUCCCUGGUGGUGGUUGCUUCGGACAAAGGCACACCUUCCCUGACAAGUACCACAACAAUUUCUUUAGUGAUUUCAGCCGAAAAUGACCAUCCUCCACGGUUUGCCCACAAUGUUUACCUGAUUUCACUGUGGGAUAAUGCUACCGCUGGAAGCCUAGUGGUGUCGCUAUCCGCUGCGGACGAAGAUCCCGGCCGGAAUGGAGACUUGCGAUAUUGGAUAGUCGGAGGAAACGAUGAGGAAAUGUUCGAAAUUGAUUGUGCUACGGGGCAGAUAUUCCUAAUGGAAAACGUUGAUGCCCGAAGUAUUUCGCGAUACAUGCUGACUGUUACCGUAGAGGACGGCGGUAUUGUUAAACGAAACGAUUCUGCAACCGUAAACAUAGAAGUUUUGCCGACGCCAGGAGUCAUCCGGCCUUUGGCAUUUUUAAGAAGCAUGUGGAAUGUCGAGAUACUUGAGAAUUUCUUCCAGUAUCCAGAGUUUCCCUUGAUACAGCUUGAAGUUAGAAACUCCAGCAGGUCGUCUUCAAACGACUACACCCUGACCUACCGUAUACGAACCGGUGACCUAUCCUUGUUCCAUAUUGAUGAGGAAACUGGAGUGAUCUCGCUUAAGCAGCCAUUAGAUCGCGAAGAGCAAGAUGUCCACCGGUUGGCGAUCGAAGUUGUAGCGGAGAAUAAUGGAGAUACUCCUACGACGGCUACAACUUUUGCCACAAUAACGGUUAUCGAUGUUAACGAUAAUCCUCCAGCUAUUUCAGGCAAAACAGAUUUUUAUAUAAAAGAAAACAAUCACAAAGGAGCUUCCGUGGGAUUUCUACAAGCCUUCGAUCGUGAUCAGAACAACAAAUUAAGUUUUUCUGUAUCGCCAAACUUUUGGUUUUCGAUCAACCAAACAACCGGCGAAAUAACAGCCUCGGAGCAACUAGAUCGGGAAAUCCGCUCGGUGUACACGUUACUUGCCACGGUAAGCGAUGGUCAACAUUCCGUGGACACCAAUGUUACAGUUCAUGUCCUGGACGAUGACGAUAACGUGCCAACAUUCACCGAAAGCCGCCGUUUUUGCUAUAUGCCUGAAGACCAUAACGAAGGAAAUUUCCUGUGUGCGGUGAACGCCUACGACGAGGACGAGUACGGUUCCGCGGGGUUGCGUUAUACACUGACGGGCUCAUCGGAGUUGGUUGUCUUAGCUGAAUCUACCGGGAUUCUCUCUGCCCGCUCCCGUGUUCCUUCGGGAACCAUACUGGAGAUUCAGGCCAUCGAUCCUGCCGGUCACACCAAUACCACCCUAAUCGAGCUAAUUACAGCCAAGUCUGACCUCUUUCCUGUGUUCCUACCUGGAUCCUACCAAUUUAGAUGUGCAGAGAACAGCAACAUCGACCGAAUAACACAGAUAACAGCCAAAGCAGUUGGACGGGCUUCGGUAAAAUACCAAAUUAUUAGCGGGAAUACUUUGGGAGUAUUUUCGAUAAACGAGGACAAUGGUGUCCUGCGGAGAGUUGGACGUCUGGAUUACGAAACAGCUUCGGUUUAUGAUCUAUGGAUAGCGGCGACAUCAAUGCACGACAGUAAGCCAUUUGUAAGUGCAGUAAGAAUCCAGAUUACUCUGGACAACACGAAUGACAACCCACCACGAUUUAUUGGCACUGAUAUAACCGCCGUCUUGGAAGAAGAAUCAGCUCCAGUUGACGUAAUCAGGUUAAACGCCACGGAUUCAGAUGGCGAUAACAUCAAGUUUUAUUUGAUUAACGCAACAAAUCGAUUCUCCAUUGAUGCUCAUUCCGGCAUUUUGCGAUGCAUUGCACCAGUGGAUAGAGAAAAAGUGCCGUUGAUAACCGUUUCCGUUGGUAUCACGGAUGGGCUUUUUACAGCGACAACAAAAGUUCAAAUAACUGUCCUGGAUAAAAACGACAAUCCUCCAAAAUUUAGCCGGCAGUUCACAGCAAACAUAACGGAAGCCGCCACUCGCGGCGCUUUCGUAUUGAAGGUCACUUCGACGGAUGCCGAUCUGGGAGAAAAUGCCGUAGCGCUGUACAGUUUGACUAACAGUUCUGACGGCAUGUUUGUCAUCGAAGAAACUACGGGAAUCAUCACACUUAAUCGCGACAACGACCGGGAUGCCGGGACGGAGAUUCCGCUGGAAAUCGUGGUGCGGGAUGGAGCCUGGCAGUCGAAGUCUUUAGUUAUGGUGACAGUGCUACCGGACAGCAAUGACCAGCCGGCGUUUGAGGAAGUCCAAUACAUUUUCUACGCGAAUAGAAGCACUGACGUCGGAGCAAUUGGCAUGGUGUCGGUUGUUAAAAAGAACCUCGAAACAGCUGCAGUUACGUAUUCCCUGAAGUACCCAAGUGUUUUCUUCGCUGUUGAUCGUGUGAGCGGCCAAAUCAGCGUCAAGCAUUCGCUGCAGUUUGCGCCGAAAAGUCAUCGACUGAUUAUCAGAGCUGCACGAAAUAAUCCUGGAGGCAAGAAAGGAGAAGUAGAAGUGCUGGUUACUGUUCUUUCAGGAGAUCUCGUAUCGAUGCCGCAGUUCACCAGAUCCAACUACCUUGUUGAAGUAGCCGGCAAUUCCAGCAAUGCGCUAGCUCAAAUAGAUCUCAAAACAGGGAACUCCAGUGAAAAUGGACCGAGGUUUUCCAUUUCCCAUUCCAAAGAAAUUUCGAAAGAUUGUUUUGGUGUCAACACUACAACUGGGACCGUGCAUGCAAAAACGAAAAGUUUCUGUCUACCUGGCGAUUACAACCUGACUGUCGAUGCUUUCUAUACCGAUGCCCACUCCAGCAACAGCGCCGUCUUGACCUUACGCAUCUUGCCAGCCAACCAAAACGCCUUUAUACCACGCUUUCCUGCCGAACAUUACGAAAUCAGUGUUUCGGAAAGCACACCCAUCGGAAGUCUGUUGUUUACGCUGCCAGUCGACAUUAAAGAUUCUCCUCCGCACAAAGAUCAAGUGCGAUAUUUGCUGGACGACGCCGCAAAUGUCUUCCAGAUCGAAACGACAACUGGUUCGGUAUAUUUGCGAAAGCAGCUGGACUUCGAAGAGAAACAACAGUACAUGUUAAUCAUUACUGCAUCGGAUUACGGGGUCAACACACCUUCCGCGACAACGUCGAUGUUGGUAUCUGUUGUUAACGAAAAUGAUAAUCCGCCUCAGUUUGCAAAAACAUCGUAUUCCGUUAUUAUUCUGGAGACCGAGCAAACCAACCAACAUAUCGGCCAGGUUAUCGCUGCAGAUCCAGACGAUGCAAAUCAGCACAUUUAUUACACCAUUGAACCAGAUAGUUCAUAUUUUGUCAUCGAUUCCCUUAAAGGAACGAUCACCAACAUUCAGGCACUGGAUUACGAAGCCCAUGCAAACCAUACCUUGGUCAUUCGAGCCACCGAUCCUACAGACCCUUCACUGUACUCCGAAGUCAACUUUCUCAUCAAUAUAGCAGAGAGAAACGAAUAUGCGCCGCAGUGUUUAGCCGGUGUCUCCCGGUUUACCGUUUCCGCCAAAGCGCCGGUGGGCAGUCGGAUCGGCCGGGUCAUGGGUGCCGAUAAUGAUAAAGGCGUUGCAGGAAUGCUGGGAUACGCAUUGGUCGGACAGUCUAACAGUUUUGAGAUCGACAAUAAAACGGGUGAACUGAUUCUCGUCGGUGAUUUGGGUGGCUUUGUGUCCAAUGAAGUGAUUAUGCACGUUCUGCUGUCCAACUCGGCAUUCCCACCGGCUGUUGGCGUGGUGUGCGAUGUGUUUGUCCAUGUGGUGGACGGGAACAACAUGCCGUACUUCAUGCAGCGCGAAUACAUGGUGCGGGUGAGAGAGGACGCACAAAUCGGGUCGACCGUUAUCAAAGUGCAAGGUCGAAUCGAAGGUGACCGGCGUCUGCAGUAUAUGUUAGUGGCCGGCGACGAGCACGGACGUUUUGCCGUGGAUGGCCGCAGCGGAAAAAUUACCGUUGCGCGGCCGCUGGAUCGAGAGGCCAAUAGUCAGUACUCGCUGCGAAUUCUGGCUAGAGUUUCCGACGAAUUUCAAUGGAGUGCCACGGCGUUGGUAAACGUGACAGUUGACGAUGUCAACGAUAACGCGCCAUACUUCGAUCCCGUCCCAGUGGGCCAUAUCCGCGAAAACUCCCACCCGGGAGCAACUAUCCUAAAGCUGGCUGCUCGGGACGAUGACUUGGGUCCGCAUAUCUUCUCAUACCGGAUGGUUGCAUCCCGGUGGAGCAGCUAUUUUAAACUGAAUCCUACAAAUGGUGUUUUAACGACUCUGCAGUCAUUUGAUCGAGAAAAGGAUGCGGAGGUCGUGUUGAAUAUUUCUGUCAGCGAUGGAGGCAGCCCACCGCGAACAUCGUUCAUACCGGUGAAAAUCUUAGUUGACGACGUCAACGAUAGCCCUAGCAUGGAACGGCCGUUGACCAUCGUCGUCUAUUCCGAUGUGGAGCAGAGCAAUUCGGCAACGUAUCGUAAACUUGGCAAUGUGAGACCCCUUGAUGCCGACUCCACAGGCGAAUAUCAAUGUAAAAUUGUGGGUGAAGAAGGCUUUUUUGAAAUCGUCGAUGGCUGCGAUCUUAGAGCUAACCGUUUACAAAUCGGCAACAUCUACCGCCUGGACAUCAGCGCCUAUGACGGGAAACAUCCACCGGUACAGUACGAAGUUAUCGUGAAAUACGAGGCUGUCAAGUCAUCUUUCCUGGAUCACAGCAUCGCCCUUCGGUUAACCGGCAUUAUGUCCAGUUUUUUGGAGAAUCAUUACCUUCGGCUAAUGCAGUCUUUGUAUUCAACCUUGGGAAACAUUGGACAAGGAGUAAUUUUUGGCUUAACCGAUCUCGAUGGCAGUUGUGUUCUGCAGUUAAUCGUUCAUACUACGAAAUCCUCAGAAUUUCUGGAUAAAACGCCCCUUAUCAAUAUGUUGACGACAAACCUUACCGAGAUCCAGAAACAGGCGGGUAUCACAAUUGGCAGCGUGGAUUACAAACCUUGCGAAGCGGACAAGUCAGUGUGCAGUGCGACGACAGCGUGCCGUGAUAUAAUUCAAGUGAUACCUCACCAGAACAGCAUUAUCAGCAGCUCCAACCUGAUAAUUUCAUCACUGCAUUUCGAAUAUUCCCACCACUGUGCCUGCAGACAUCCUUACAGUGGGCCCAAAUGUGAACUGCAGUGUGCCGCGGAUUUCUGCCAGAACGGCGGCUCCUGUGACAAAACCGGCAAAUGCGAAUGCCCACCGGGGUUCUUUGGCUCGCAGUGCCAGUUCGAUCUGGAUGAAUGCAAUUUGUGGGGUGUCACGCCGAGCUGCCUGAAUGGCGGACGUUGUGUGAAUACUUUUGGUUCCUUCCGUUGUGAUUGUCCCCUCGGGUACGCGGGGCGGCAGUGUGAGGAGGUCGAUGAUUGUGUCAGCUCGGGUCAACCGUGCGUACGCCCACAGAACGGUAUUUUUGGAUUUGGACCCGAAUCGUCUGCCGAAAUAUCGGCUUCGCUAAAGACAACCAUGAAUGAGAUCAGUGUCAUUGUGUCUACGGUGAAUCGAGAUGGAGUACUAUUUUUUGCACAACGACAAACGGCCACCGGGAAACCGUCGCAUUUCAUCGCAUUAGAUGUUAAAAACGGAAGAGUGCAUUUUGCGUUCGGGUCGACCGCCCGAGACACCACUAGAAUGACUGUUCAUCGAUUUGUUAGCGAUGGCCGAUGGUAUAAAAUUGUUGCCGUCAAGGAAGACUUGAUCGGAAGUUUAACGGUCACGGAAUGCGACGAACUGUCCUGCGCUACCUGCUCGCCGGGUGACGACACUUGUUCUACAGUUGUAGUUGGUGUAGUGCGGAAACAAAAUUUCUUGGAUGCUUCUCUGCAUGUCGGAAAAAUCCCAAACACAAUCUCGAUUGACCAAAAUCGGCUAGGAUCCCGACAUUUUGUGGGUUGCAUUCGUAACCUCUCGCUGAAUCAAAUACCAGUUAUGUCCAAGGAUCUCCAUAAUUCUGUUGGCAUAUCCGAAAACCAAUGUUUAGCCGCCACGGAUAGCUGCCAGUUUGCGUCCUGCGCUUCAAACGAGAUCUGUGUUAGCUUAUUCGACGGUCAGUUCCAAUGCGUGACGAGUGAACAGCGUGAGUCCACUGCCACAACAGUGAUAGUUAUGGCAGUGUUGUUGCCGAUCGCCGCUGUCGUUCUCGGACUGGUGGCAUUUUACCACUUCCGCUACCGGAGUAAUAAACUACCGCUAUCAAAAUCCAAAAGAUCGACUAACCUCGAUUCUCGUCCGCCGUUCCUGUCGCCAGUCGGCCUCUUGGAAGCCGGCUACGCCUCAGGAUCGUACCAGUCGCGUACUCUGCGACCACCUGGUUUGUACCACAGCCAACACGACGGCAGCAUGUACAAAAGCGAUCUGUGCAUGUAUCAUGCCAUGCAGCGAUCCAGUCCACAUUUUUACUGUGUCCUUCCGGAGAGACCCACAUCGUAUUAUGCAACAGGGGAUGCAGCCGUGCGCUACAGUCAUCACGCGUACGUUAACGAUGCUAACUUGUCAAGCUGCACCCGGCAUCGAAAUACGUUGAUAUCACCAGCUUCAGCCAUUUCGGAAGAACCCACCUCCUCAUGUUCGACGCAACCGGUUGAUAUUCUGAGUCUGGACUCGAUGGAAGAAAGGAAAGCAAUGAAACUGAGCAACCAGUUGGAUGACGAUGUAUGCAGUGACUGUGAAAACUGCAAAGCGCUGAGCGCCCAGACGGUGGACUGGUCAAGAAUACACGCCGAUGACCCUGCACGAUAUUAUGAUGAUCAGCCAACCUACGCCGAAGUGAACGAUUUUGUGGAAAAGGCCACCGUUUUACGACAGGCACUGGUGUAAAUACUUGCGAAUCUCCUUGCACUUAGCGAAUUUUGCCGAGAUAGUCUUUCAGCUGAUUUUUAUUGCCAAUUGAAAAUUGAAAAUAUGUCUGUGAUAACUGUGAUGUACAAGUAUUAAGCAUUCAUUAUGCUCAGGUUGUCUGCAUUUAUUCAUCACUCUUAUAUUGUUUCGAACAUAUAUUGCGAAAUUCCUCCCGUUGCCGUUUCGUGGAGUU